AUGGCGUCUCAAACUCCCGCCGUUGUCAUGGAUAACGGUACCGGUUACUCUAAGUUAGGUUUCGCCGGUAACGAUUCACCCUCGUUUGUCUUCCCGACUGCAAUCGCAACAAAGGCCGGUGCCGGGAGCGCUGGAAGCUCCACGGGCUCACGACCUGCUGUUGCGAGCAAGCCAACCUUCCUGAGCGGAGGAGGCGGAGGUAGCUCGCAUUUGUCUGCAAAGCGUGGAACAGAAGAUUUGGACUUUUUUAUUGGAGAUGAGGCACUCGCGGCCGGUAGCGGUCCCGGUUAUGGCGUGAACUAUCCGAUCCGCCACGGUCAGAUUGAGAAUUGGGAUCACAUGGAGCGAUUCUGGUCCAACUCGAUCUUCAAGUACCUGCGUGUAGAGCCCGAGGAUCAUUACUUUCUUUUGACUGAGCCAAACCGCGAGAACACUGCCGAAAUCAUGUUCGAGUCCUUCAACUGUGCCGGUCUUUACAUUGCUGUGCAAGCUGUGCUUGCCUUGGCCGCUUCUUGGACUUCAUCAAAGGUUACCGACCGUUCUCUUACUGGCACUGUUAUCGACUCCGGUGAUGGUGUGACCCACGUCAUUCCGGUUGCAGAGGGCUAUGUCAUUGGAUCUUCCAUCAAAAGCAUUCCUAUCGCCGGUCGUGAUAUCACCUACUUUGUCCAAAGCUUGCUCCGUGAUCGCGGGGAGCCCGACAGCAGCUUGAAGACGGCCGAGAAAGUGAAGGAAGAAUACUGCUACGUGAGCCCCGACAUCGUCAAGGAAUUCGCUCGCUACGAUCGUGAGCCCGACCGCUUCCUCAAACACACCGUCACCUCGCCCAAUGGCCGCAGUAUUUCCAUCGAUGUUGGAUAUGAACGUUUCCUUGCUCCUGAAAUCUUCUUCAACCCCGAAAUUUACUCUUCUGACUUCCUGACCCCGCUUCCAAACGUUGUGGACGGCGUGAUUCAGUCCUCCCCUAUCGAUGUGCGACGAGGCUUGUACAAGAACAUUGUGCUUUCUGGUGGCUCAACCCUGUACAAGGACUUUGGACGUCGCCUACAGCGUGAUAUCCGUCAUUUAGUUGAUGCACGAAUUCGUGCCUCUGAGGCUCGCAGUGGCGGUGCGCGCAGUGGUGGUCUUGAUGUUGCAGUUGUCACGCAUAAGCGCCAGCGACACGGUCCUUGGUUCGGAGGCAGCCUGCUGGGUCAGACGCCCGAGUUCCGAAGCUAUUGCCAUACCAAGGCCGAAUAUGACGAGAUCGGUCCCAGCAUUGUGCGACGAUUCGCCCUGUUGGGUGGGCCCGGAAGUUCAUAG